GAUUGGUCGAGCGGCGGUGGUCCUCGGAAGGCUGCUUCCGGUCGGAGUUUGUCGGAGGCCCCGUUGGGUGGCUCGGGGGGUGGAGUGACCUGGAGAGGUGGGAAUACCCAGUUUAUACCCACCAUGUCUGGGAUUGGGAACAAACGAGCCGCUACAGAGUCCAGUCCCUUAGGACCUCCAGAGAAGAAGGCUGGUGUUGAGGACUCUGGAACGACCGUGGAGACCAUUAAGCUUGGGGGUGUCUCCUCCACGGAAGAGCUUGACAUUCGCACCCUUCAGACCAAGAACCGAAAGCUGGCAGAAAUGUUGGACCAAAGGCAGGCUAUUGAGGAUGAGCUGCGGGAACAUAUUGAGAAGCUGGAACGGCGGCAAGCCACAGAUGAUGCCUCACUGCUGAUUGUCAAUCGCUACUGGAGCCAGUUUGAUGAAAAUAUUCGUAUCAUUUUGAAACGCUACGAUUUGGACCAAGGCCUCGGAGACCUCUUGUCAGAGCGGAAGGCUCUGGUGGUGCCAGAGCCAGAACCUGAUUCAGAUAGCAAUCAGGAGCGCAAAGAUGAAAGGGAGCGAGGGGAGAUCUUAGAGCCUGCCUUCUCCUUUCUGGCCACCCUGGCCAGCAGCACCAGUGAAGAGAUGGAGUCUCAGUUGCAGGAACGGGUGGAGUCUUCCCGCCGAGCAGUCACUCAGAUUGUGACCAUGUAUGAUAAACUGCAGGAGAGAGUGGAUGUGCUGUCCCAGAAGUUGAACAGUGGAGACAUGUCUCUAAUGGAAGAAGCUGUCCAGGAGCUGAACACCUAUUUAGCAAAUGAGAACAAGCGGCUUCAGGAACUGGCCGAUUUGCUUCAGGAAAAGCACCGCACCAUGUCUCAAGAGUUUUCCAAAUUGCAAGGGAAAGUGGAGGCGGCAGAAUCUCGCGUCUCUGUGCUGGAGACCAUGAUCGACGACUUGCAAUGGGACAUUGACAAGAUCCGCAAGCGGGAGCAGCGGCUCAACAGGCACUUGGCAGACGUCCUGGAACGAGUGAACUCGAAGGGGUACAAGGUCUACGGCGCAGGCAGCAGUCUGUAUGGAGGUACCAUCACGAUCAACGCUCGAAAGUUUGAGGAGAUGAAUGCAGAACUUGAAGAAAAUAAAGAACUUGCCCAGAACCGCUUGAGUGAGCUGGAGAAAUUGCGUCAGGAUCUUGAGGAGGUGACAGCUCAGAAUGAGAAGCUAAAGGUGGAUCUCAGGCGAGCAGUGGAAGAGGUAGUGAAGGAAACCCCAGAAUAUCGCUGCAUGCAGUCACAGUUCUCUGUUUUGUACAAUGAGAGCCUCCAGCUGAAAUCACAGCUGGAUGAAGCCCGCACUCUGCUUCAUGGCACCCGAAGUACCCAUCAGCGCCAGGUGGAGCUCAUAGAGCGGGAUGAGGUCAGCCUACACAAGAAAUUGCGCACAGAGGUGAUCCAGCUGGAGGACACCCUCGCUCAGGUCCGCAAGGAGUAUGAGAUGUUGCGCAUUGAGUUUGAGCAGACGCUUGCCGCUAAUGAACAAGCAGGGCCCAUUAAUCGGGAGAUGCGCCACCUCAUCAGCAGCCUCCAGAACCACAACCACCAGCUCAAAGGGGAGGUGUUGAGAUACAAACGGAAGCUGAGGGAAGCCCAGUCUGACUUGAGCAAGACCCGUUCGCGCAGUGGGAGUGCUCUCCUGCACUCCCAGUCCAGUACUGAGGAUGUCAAAGAGGAACCUCCCGAGAUCAAACAGGAACCUGAAGAUCCUUCUUCACAGGCCGCAACUUCCAAGGGAGCCUCCGAGGAUGCCCCGGAAGCAAAAGCGAAACGGGAUGAAGAGGAGAGGGAGCGGGAAAGGCGGGAGAAGGAGAGAGAGCGGGAGAAAGAGAAGGAGAAGGAGAAAGAAAAAGAGAGGGAGCGGGAGAAAGAAAAGGAACGAGAGCGAGAGAAGCAAAAGCAGAAGGAGUCAGAGAAGGAGAGGGAGUCCACCAAAGAGAAGGACAAAGGAAAGCAUGAUGAUGGAAGGAAGAAGGAAGCUGAACUGGUCAAACAACUGAAAGCUGACCUGAAGAAGGCUCAAGAAAGCCAGAAAGAAAUGAAAUUGCUGUUGGAUAUGUACCGCUCUGCUCCAAAGGAGCAAAGAGACAAAGUUCAACUGAUGGCUGCUGAGAAGAAGGCCAAAGCUGAGGUGGAAGAGCUAAGACAAAGAGUGAAGGAGCUGGAGGACAAGGAGAAAAAAGAGAGCAAAAAGAUGGCUGACGAGGAUGCCCUCCGGAAGAUUCGAGCAGUGGAAGAACAAAUAGAAUACUUGCAGAAGAAACUAGCGAUGGCUAAGCAGGAAGAAGAAGCAUUGCUCUCUGAAAUGGAUGUGACAGGCCAAGCCUUCGAAGAUAUGCAAGAGCAGAACAUUCGCCUGAUGCAGCAGCUGAGGGAGAAGGAUGAUGCCAAUUUCAAGCUCAUGUCUGAACGCAUCAAAUCAAACCAGAUUCACAAGCUGCUCAAGGAGGAGAAGGAGGAGCUGGCAGACCAGGUUCUUACCUUGAAGACACAGGUGGAUGCCCAAUUACAGGUCGUACGUAAACUGGAGGAGAAAGAGCACCUCUUGCAGAGCAACAUUGGCACAGGAGAAAAAGAGCUGGGCUUGCGAACUCAGGCCCUGGAGAUGAACAAGCGUAAAGCUAUGGAUGCAGCUCAGCUGGCGGAUGACCUUCGGGCCCAGUUGGAACUGGCCCAGAAGAAGCUGCAUGACUUCCAGGAUGAAAUAGUGGAGAACAGUGUGACAAAGGAGAAGGACAUGUUCAACUUCAAACGAGCCCAGGAAGAUAUCUCAAGGCUACGAAGGAAGCUGGAGACCACUAAGAAGCCUGACAUGGUUCCCAACUGCGAUGAGAUCCUUAUGGAGGAGAUCAAAGACUACAAGGCUCGCCUGACGUGCCCCUGCUGCAACAUGCGCAAGAAGGACGCUGUGCUCACCAAGUGCUUCCACGUCUUCUGCUUUGAGUGCGUCAAGACUCGCUACGACACCCGGCAGCGCAAGUGCCCUAAGUGCAACGCUGCUUUUGGGGCCAAUGACUUCCACCGCAUCUACAUUGGCUGAGUCUGCCCAGAGGAGGGGCUUCGUUGUUGUCAACUACCGUACUUGUUGUGACUCAUCAGCAGGCUGGAUUCUGCUCUUCUCUGUCAGCUGUCUUUUCCCUAGUUGUUUUUUUUUCUUCCUUUUAAAGACCGAUCUCUCCAUUAGAGAAAUGGGAUUAAUUUUUUUUCCCCUGCUUCAGUAUUUCUUUUUCAUUCUGACUCUGCCAACUGCUAAGCCUCAUUGGUUGCCUCUUUCUAAUAGAAAUGAGACCUUCUUAUGGACAAACAGUAUUCUAAACCAGACUGUACCCUUACUAGUGGGAAUUUGGCUUGGGUUAGUUUGAGCUUUCUCAUUAACAUCUUAAAGUUAAUUUUCCCCUCACUGUUUUCUAAUAAAAGAGGAGACUCUUCUUGGUUGAAGUGUUUCCCUGUGUUGUGUUUGUC